UGUAUGAAAACAUGGCGCACAGCAGCAGCGGAGAAACAGGCUAAAGGAUGGUUUAGUGCGUUUUUAAACUCCGUAGCAGUCGCUUCAAGACGACAAAGUCCAUUGACUGGUUUGGUAAAUCGGACGAGCAUAUUGUUUCGUCUGCAGCGACCAGGAACAGUGACGACUUUUUGUGAGAUAUAAAAAGCUGUCACCAUGAGCAACAGAAGGAAGCGUGCCGCACCAGUGAGGGUGGGUGAGGAGGCCAAGAAGAAGCUGGACUGGAACAUGCAUGAGGACCGCAGGAACGAGACUCUACUCCAAGAAGAGGACCAUCAGAUUCCAACUAGCUCUCUUCUUUCCACUGGCCUCCAGAUCCCAACAGGUGCUCUAAUCUCCACCCUCCAGGGGACCUGUGAGGCAGGUAGCUCCAGCUCAGACGCUCUGUUAUCAGACCUGGGACUGGGAGAUGAACCCCCUCACCCUGGUUCAUCAUCCACAGACGCCUCCAUAUCCGCCUCACUCGCGCUCACUGUGCUUCCCCUCUGUGACCUGGGUGAUGCCUGGAAGUCUCUGAUUGGGGAGUUCAGCCUCCGUGUUCUCCCCGUCUGGGUUAAACCCUCCGGCUUUUACCAGAGGGCUUUCACCCUCCGCAGGACAGAAGAUCAGCUGUGCCUGAGCGUUAGUGAUGAGAGUAGUGAUGCUACAGGAGGACUGGAGUCAAGACUUCUGGACAGUUCCUGUCUAGUGGAGUGUUCCUUGGGUGGAUGGAUACUACUGGAGGAGCUGGACUGGCUUCAGAAGAGAAGAGUUGUGCAGCUGUGUCAUCACUCAGGAGAGGAGAAAAUUAAGGUAGGGAUAUAUGUACUGGAGUCGGGAUUGGGAAAGCCUGAAUUCCUCAGCGAGGGAAACGGAAGAAUCAGAAAAGCAAACCAGCUGAUGCAGAAAUUAAUGGAGUUUUACUAUGACUUCAUUAUUCCUGAAGUGGUGGACACUGAAGAAGAGGAGUGCGACACUGACUUGGAAAGGCAGAAUGUGGAGGAGCUGUACGACUCUAUCAGACACCUCCACCAGAGAGAGGACCAGGAAGUGACCCUGGAUGUCCAGCACCAGGCUCUUAUCCCAAUCCUCAGGCCUUAUCAGUGUCAGGCUGUCAACUGGAUGCUCAGGAGGGAGACGUUCCGGACCAGUAGCUCUUCUCAAGACCAAACACUACAUUUUCUAUGGCGGGAGCUGGUGACGAUGUGUGGAAAGAAGCUGUACUACAAUCCAUAUACAGGCUGCCUGAUUCGAGAGUUCCCCUUGGCCGGAGUAGAUUGGCCCGGUGGGAUCCUGGCUGAUGAAAUGGGUCUUGGGAAGACCGUGGAGGUCCUGGCUCUCAUUCUGAACAACAGUAGACAAGGCCUGGAGCAGGAGGCUCUCACCCUGCCUCUGGGGAAAUUAGUGAAUUAUUUUGUCCCGCCUCCACCACUUUUAGAGGUUCAAUAUAAGCCAGAGAUUGCACCGAAAGUGAAAAUCUCCUAUCCAACUGUGCGUGUGAUGCUCUUGGCGGCUAUAAAAGAGAUGAGGGUUGGCAAAGGCGCGUCGGUCAACGCCAUCUUUGCAUACAUUCGCACCACGUAUCAGUAUGAUCUGCUGAAAAACCGUAACCACAUAAAACGAGCCCUGGGGAAGCUGCUGGCUGAGGAUCUAGUGGAAAGGGUCAAAGGUCGCGGCCUGGCCGGAUCCUUCAAACUGGGAAAGAAAUACAAGGAAACCAAGAAGAAGACCAACAUACCCAAGUCUCAGAGUCCUUCCAGGGACUGUGGUCCCCGAAGAGCUUCUCUAAGGCGGGCAGGGAAGCAGAGGAAGACGGCUUAUAAAGACCCUGAUACUCCAGAGCUCUCUCCUUCAGAAGACACCAACCAGAGCUGCCUGUCCCCUGAGCGCUCUGCUUCUGUAGAGGACCGUAAACAACAGGACGCGAUUAGCGCCUCACAGGACCUGUCACCUGUUGGGGAGGACCGCAAAGAGACACGGGACAGAAAGGAGACAGACGAGCAUAAACAUGAGACCGGGAGACGGGGUAAGCUGGAUGAUGAAGCGAGUCAGACAGGUCCACCUGUCACUUGGGAAAUCCCACCCGCCACCCGGGUGUCAUUUAACCCCUUCAACACCCCAGACUACCGCUUCGAGUGCAUCUGCGGCGAGUUGGGUCUCAUGGACUACAAGGCCAGGGUGCAGUGUCUCAACUGCCAGCUGUGGCAACAUGCAGAAUGCGUGAAUUACAAGGAAGAGAGUCUGGACACCACGCCGUUCUACUGUCCCCACUGUCUGGUGGCAAUGAGGCCUGUUCCUACUGGGGCUACCCUGAUCAUCUCGCCAUCCUCAAUCUGUCAUCAGUGGGUUGAAGAGAUCAACAGACACAUCAGGUCCUCAUCGCUACGAGUACUGAUCUACCAGGGGGUGAAGAAACACGGGUUCAUCCAGCCUCACAUGCUGGCCGAGCAGGACGUGGUCAUCACCACCUACGACGUGCUGCGCUCGGAGCUCAACUACGUGGACAUCCCCCACAGCAACAGCAAGGACGGCCGGCGCUUCCGCAACCAGAAGCGCUACAUGGCUGUUCCCAGUCCCCUGGUGGCCGUGGAGUGGUGGCGCAUCUGUCUGGACGAGGCACAGAUGGUGGAAUGCACCACCGCCAAGGCUGCAGAAAUGGCUCUGCGUCUCUCAUCAGUCAACCGCUGGUGUGUUAGUGGGACUCCCGUCCAGAGGGGCCUGGAAGAUCUGUAUGGGUUGGUUCUGUUCCUGGGGUUUGACCCCUACUGGGUCAAGUACUGGUGGGACCAGCUGCUCUACCGACCCUAUCGCCGUGGAAACACUGAGCCACUUUACAACCUGGUUGGUCAGCUGUUGUGGCGAUCGGCCAAGAAAGAUGUAAUCGAUCAAAUUCAGAUUCCACCUCAGACCGAGGAGGUCCAUUGGCUGCACUUCUCUCCAGUGGAGGGUCACUUCUACCACCGGCAGCACGAGGUAUGUUCCCAGGACGCCUUGGUCAAGCUGAGGAAGAUCCAGGACUGGAGACUGAAGCUGGGCAGCCUGGACAGGCGCACGGUCAACACCAUCCUUUACCCCCUGCUGAGGCUGCGUCAAGCCUGCUGCCACCCGCAGGCGGUCAGGGGAGAAUUCCUGCCUUUCCAGAAGAGCACCAUGACGAUGGAGGAGCUGCUCAAGUCCCUGCAGAAGAAAUGUCGAGUGGAGUGUGAAGAGGCUCACCGACAAUUGGUGUGCGCCCUUAACGGCUUGGCAGGAAUCCACAUCAUCAGAGAUGAGUUUGUGGAGGCAGUGGAGAUGUACAGAGAAGUACUGAGGUCUUCGGAGGAACAUAAAGGACGGUUGAAGACCGAUUCACUACAGAGGCUUCAUGCAACACAUAACCUAAUGGAACUCCUGAAAGCAAAGCACCCUGGGAUACCUCCCACUCUGCGAGAUGACCGGCUGAAGGAAGAGGCGGAGCAGCUGAGGCAGCACUACAUGACCAAGCACAACGCUGAGGUGAUGGAGGCCUACCAGUCUCUACAGCCCGUACUGCAAAACAUCAAGGAGCUCAAACGUAAAGUCACUCUGCGGUCCCCGUGGUGGCUGGAUGUGGUACAACGGGCCAUACAGCACAACAUUGAUGACGACUUGGUUGGCCGUAUCCAGAACGAGCUCACCUGCAGCUACAAACAGCAGGCCAAUAAACUCUCCAUGGCCGACAAGUUCCGAGAUGGCCGUGGCCUGCAGUUUCUGCUCAGCACUCAGAUGGAGGACUUGAUGAAGUCACAGAAGGCUGUGCAGGACGCGGUGAAGAGUCUGGAAGGCCCGCCCUCUGAGGCGGUCAUAGAGGAGACUGUUCUCUGUCACCUCCGACCUGUCCGCCUGCCACUUAAUAAUUGUGUUUUUUGCAAAGCGGAUGAACUCUUCACCGAUUAUGAAUCCAAACUCUUUUCCCACACGGUGAAGGGUCAGACGGCCAUCUUUGAGGAGAUGAUUGAGGAUGAGGAGGGGCUGGUGGACGAUCGUCUCCCCACCACUAGCAGAGGGUUGUGGGCUGCCAGUGAGACUGAAAGGGCCCUAAAGGCCAUCCUCUCCUUCUCCAAGGCCAGACGUAUGGACCACGACCUGGUGGAGGAGGGAAACACCUUCAUGGAGCUCUUCGAGAACUGGAAGAAAGAGUACAAGGUGUUACAUGAGUACUGGAUGGUUCUCCGGAACAAUGUGUCAGCCAUUGAUGAGCUGGGUAUGGCCACAGAACGGCUGCGUGUCAGGCUGCCUGAUGAACCCAAACUCAAAGUACCAGUACUACACAUCAUAGAGCCCCACGAGGUGGACCAAAACCGAGUGAAACUGUUAAAUGAUAGAGCAGUAGCACAGUCUCAGCUCCAGAAGAAGCUGGGUCAAUUCCUUUAUCUCUCCAAUCUAGAGAAGUCCCAGGACAAGGCGAACGGAGGCCUGAACCCAGAACCAUGUCCUAUCUGCGCCCGUCCUCUGGGUCAGGAGUGGGCCGUGCUGACCUGCGGUCACUGCUUCUGUAACGAGUGCAUCGCCAUCAUCGUGGAGCAGUACAGUGUGGGAUCGGGCACGAGGCGGAGGGCCAUCAAGUGCGCCAUCUGCAGACAGACCACGUCCCACGCGGAGAUCUCCUAUGUGUUCACCACCCAAACAGACAACCAGGGGACAGAUAUCCCUGUCAAGGGAAGCCACUCCACCAAGGUGGAGGCAGUAAUCCGGACUCUGAAGAAGAUCCAGCUAAUUGACCCAGGAGCCAAGUGCCUCGUCUUCUCCACGUGGCAGAGUGUACUGGACAUCAUCGCCAAGGCUCUGUUCGACAACAACAUGGAGUUCUCGCAGAUCAACGGCAUUCACAAGUUCCAGGAGAAUCUUUGUUCAUUUAAAUACGAGGAGAAGAUCAACAUCCUGCUUCUUCCUCUCCACACGGGCUCCAAUGGGCUCAACAUCAUUGAGGCUACGCACAUCCUAUUGGUGGAGCCCAUCCUCAACCCCGCCCACGAGCUGCAGGCCAUUGGGCGGGUUCACCGAAUCGGACAGACCAAGCCCACCUUUGUCCAUAGAUUCCUCAUCAAGUCCACUAUUGAAGAGAGAAUGCAGGCAAUGUUAAAGACUGCAGAGAAAAUAAGUCACAGCACAACUGCCAUGAAGCACUCGGAGGCUGCCGUUCUGACCGUGGCAGAUCUGGCUGAUCUCUUCACCGAGGACAGUGAGGCUCUGGAGGAAACCGUGCCACUAGCCCACCAGGCCCUGGAGUAACGCCACUCCAACCCCUAUCCUAAAUCUGCCAGGUGCUAUAGAUGUCCACCCAGGUCCUACCACCAGACAGGCUGGCUCAAAGCUCCACUCACACUGCAUCCAGGCCGGCACACAGUGCAGGUUGUAAACUAAGCAUUGAUCGUGUGCAAACACUGGCAUUGCACUUAGGCUCAAGUGGAAUGGUUGUUUUGAACAUUCCACUUUAUACGUGGCUGUUCUGAAACGGCAUUACACAUUGUUUGUAAAAAAAAACAAAAUGAAUUUUGUCUCUUCUAAACAAUUUAAAGCAAUAUUUUAAUGGUCUUCUUAGAUCUCUCUGUCUGGUACAGUAAAGUUCACUUGUUGCCACAGAUUUGUAAUGGUAUUAUGUGUGUCACCCAUCAAAAUACUCAGAUUCCAACUACUUUUUUGACUCAAUUUAACUCUAUUUUAGACUUAAAUAUUUGAAUGUUUUUUCCGUAUAUUCUCACAAUACCUUAAACAGUAGGUUAAGUAUUACGUUAAUAGAAAUCAAACAUGCUCCUAUUCCUAAUGUUGAUUUCUAAUUAGGGACAAACAUUCCAGAUGAUGUCAUCACUGUAAUGAUUGGUUUAGCUAUUCCAUCCCUUUUUGAAGAAUAAAAGGCUGUCAUUUUUAA